CGGCGCCCCUGGCCGGGCCUCGUGCCGUCGGGCAGGCGCCGUGGCGUGGCCUAGAAGUAGAGCCCAGGUACGGCUCUCGCGUGGUCUCAGGAGUCCAUUGCCAGAGCAUCCGCCGCAGCGGGUGAGAACGGCUUCUCUCUUCUUUGCAGGGCAUAGUGGCCGAGGUGCGCCAGUCCACACAGCUCAUGCUUAACCAACUGAUCCAGCAGUUGCGCACCAACAUCCAGCUGCCUGCUUGCCUGCGCAUCAUUGGCUACCUGCGCUGCAUGGACGUGUUCACGGAGGCUGAACUGCGCAUCACUUUCCUGCAGGCAAGAGACUUCUGGCUGCGCUCCAUCCUUGCGGCUGUUCCUGACGACGAUCCCUACGUGCACAUCACAAAAACUAUAGAGGCCUGCCGCGUGCAUCUCUUUGACAUUGUCACGCAGUAUCGUGCCAUAUUUGCAGAUGAAGAGCCACUGGUGCUGCCCCUGGGGAAGGACACGCUCAAUGAGAGCGCCAUCUUCCAUGGGUGGGUGCUGCAGAAAGUCUCAGAGUUUCUACUGGUUCUUGAGCGAGACUUACAGCGUGGUGUGGGCAACCGCCUUGACUCUUUGCUGGGCCAGUGCAUGUACUUUGGCCUGUCCUUCAGCCGGGUAGGGGCGGACUUCCGGGGCCAGCUUGUUCCUAUUUUUCAGCGUGUGGUGCUCCUCGCCUUCAAGAAAGCUAUGCGGGAGGCUGUAGAACAAUUCCAAGAAGAGAUGAACUCCUACACGUUGAUCUCUGCCCCGGCUCUCCUGGGUAGUGCAAUCUCCGUGACAAUGCCUUCUGCACAGCCAGGCACCUUGCAGCCCCCCCUGGUGCUACUAGACUCUCCCCCGCUUGCCCACUUCCUCAACAACAUCUUGGUGGCCUUCAAUGAUUUGCGUCUCUGCUGUCCUGUUGCUCUUGCCCCCGAUGUGGCAGCGCUCCUGGAGGACACGCUCAGCCAGAGCGUAAAGGUUAUUCUGGCUUUCCACCGGGCUGAGGCGGCAGCGUUCAGUAGCCGAGAGCAGGAGCUGUUUGUUCAGUUCUGCACAGCGUUCCUGCAAGACUUGGUGCCGUACCUCAACCGCUGUCUCCAGCUCCUCUUCCCUCCAGCCCAAAUUGCACAGAUUCUGGGUGUUCCUGCUGCUCAGGUCCAUAAGUACGGAGGCCUUGGCUGCGUGGACGAGGAGGCGCUCCAGGAGCUCCUGGGCUCAGUCCUUCCUGAGAAAGAGACUGUUCUCCCCCCGGCCGAGGAGAAGGGGCUAGCCCAAGAAGGCCCACAACUUCCCCUGGACUUGGGGCUCCCUGGCUCAGAGCAGGAAGCAGAUCCCAGCCCCGCCGUCUCCGUCCCUGAAGCUGCAGAGAAGAGCCCCCCUUCUGAGGAUGCACGGCCGUUCAGCGGGCUUCCCGCAACAGGAUAGCUUGGGGUGGUUUGGGGGGGUCACCUGCUGAAAGGAGCAUCUGCGGGCACCCGCCCCCCCAGCCACGGCAAGGGCAGCGCUUGACUCCUGGUGCUCUUCCUGUGUGGAGAAAGAUGGCUCGGCUGCCUUUGCCAAGCAGGAAGGAAAGGGGGGCGCAGAUGCCAGGACGAGAAGUGCAAGAAUAAACUUGGUAUUUUUGUUUGUUCA